AUGCACGAGUCUGGAACGACUGCAGGUAUCAGAUUGCAGAGAAUUGCAUCGACUUCCGACGACAUUGCAGAGCUGCUGCCGCGUCUCCGUCAGCUCACCAUCUGCCGUUGCGAUUUCUUCGAGGAGCUGCCUGCGGGUUUCACUUCCCUGAAUCACCUCCACACCUUGUCACUCUUCCAGUGCCGCCAAUUUCGCCACCUGCCCGAAAACAUUGGGAGAUUGUCUGCCCUGAAUACUCUGGUUCUGGAGCAGCUGCCGCUUACGAACCUCCCUGACUCCAUCCAGCAGCUCACCUCCUUGGGAACUCUCUUCCUGCUCUGGUGCGACCCCAUCUGCGACCUGCCAGCAGGCUUCUGCUGCCUCACCGCGCUCACGACACUCUGCCUCGGGCAAGUGGUGCUUCCAGCGGACAUUGGGCGCCUGAGUAACCUCCAGACCCUUCUUGUGAGAGACAGCUGUCAGCAGCGCCAUCUCCCAUGCUCGCUGACUGACAUCUCCUCGUUGACGAGGCUUGAGCUGGGCCUGUGCGGCAUCGAACGGCUGCCAGAGGGCGUGGGAGAGCUGAGCAGCCUGCGGGAGCUGCACGUGUCCUCCUGCUCGCAUCUCACGGCCGUUCCGGCGUCGCUGACGUGCCUGACUCGCCUUGAAGCUCUCAUGCUCUCCGACUGCAGAAAGCUGGCCUCCGCGCCCACACGGUUGGACGGCCUUACGAGGCUGAAGCGGCUUGAGGUGGCCUCGUGUGACAUGCUGAAAUAUCCUCCUCGCGUCCUGCCGCCGUCGCUUGAAACGCUCAGCUGGGGGAGCUACAGGCAUGUGAUGGCUCUCCCCGAUGUUUCCAGGCUGACUGGGCUUCGGACGCUUUGCCUGGACCGGGUUGCUGUGGCGUGUGAUGGGCUCGCUGUGAGCAGGCGCCUGUCUCACCUGCAGCAUUUAAUGCUGACGCUGGCAGAUGAUUCCGAGGAGCUUCCUUUCCCCUUGACGUUUCUUUCUCAGCUGCGCACCCUGAUUGUUCACGGCAUGGGGAACGUGCAACGGCUGCCAGCCGAUAUGGGGUCAGCAUUGCAGCAGCUGCGGAGGCUGAAGCUGAAAUGUGCUGAGGAGUUGAGGGAGCUGCCAGCGAGUGUGAGUGCGCUGCUGAACCUCACGUCCCUGGAGGUUCACUCUGCACCCCGCCUGGCUUCCCUCCCGCAUGGCAUCGGUGCCUUAUCCCGGCUGCGGCAGCUGCAACUCAUUCUCUGCGAGCAACUUGACGACCUGCUGCCCUCUCUCACCCACCUCACCUGCCUGAACCAGCUCUCACUCCCGCACAGCUCCAUCCGCGUCCUGUGUCCCGAUUUCUCUCAGCUUAUGCGGCUCAAAGCCCUCUGUUUGACAGGCUGUGCAAGGCUGCAGGUGCUGCCAGAGGAGUUGAGUGAGCUCAAGGGGCUGCAGAGGCUGGAUGUGCAAGGGUGUGGGCAUGUGAUUGACACUCAUGGGUCUGUGCUCCCCAGGAGCCUCAACCAGAUGUAUGGAUUGAAGAUAGUCAAAUGA